AUGCCGACAGCGAAGAAAACACUGACAUUCUUAUGCAGCUUCGUCAGCAGCCUGGGGGCUUCCAUCGUCCUUUGCUCUGUCCUGGCGACUCAGCAAUGGAUCCGCAGCACCAUCGCCAUCAGCGACUCUUCUUCGAAUGGUAGUGUGAUCAUCACCUACGGACUCCUUCGUGGGAAGAGCAUUCAAGAACUGAAUCACGGACUUGCAGAAUCGGACAAAAAUUUCGAAGUUUUAGGGAUACUGAACAAUUCUUCCGCGAAGACUCUGCACUCGGUGGUCCUCGUGUUCCUGGCCCUUGGCUUGUUCAGUUCGUUGCUGAGCGCCGGGUUCACCUUCUACAACAGCGUCAGCAACCCCUACCAGACGUUCCUGGGGCCGAUGGGGGUGUACACUUGGAGCGGGCUCAGUGCAUCCUUCACAUUCAUAACCAUGGUGCUCUUUGUGGGGAACACGCAGUCCAAUCAUCUCUCAGAAGAGCUGGCCCAGAGGCUGUACCCGCUCUAUCCAGCGUCCACUCAGCAAGGGACGUCCCACGCUUACGGAUACUCCUUCUGGCUCACCCUGCUGGUCAUCCUCCUAAACGCGGUCACCGCGGUCAUCGUCAUCUUCUACCAGAAGGCCAGAUACCGGCGGAAGCAGGAGCGGAGGAAGCCCAUGGAGUCUGCGCCGAGGGAUGGGAUUUUAUUCUGA